AUGGAAGCGGCUGAUGAUAAGGAUUCCCUGAUAUCCCGAUACAACGACUUCCAGGAAUUUGCAGCCAAAACAAUCACGCUGAAACUACUCGAGAAAUUGAAACCAGAAGAUAUAGUCGUGCUCUGUUCCUACAUUGCAACGCGCGACGCCCUGAGAAAGGCAUUGGAGGAAGCCCAAAUCCGAGUGCAUAAGAUUGAUGGCUUCCAAGGGAAAGAAGCCCCGAUUGUGAUCUUGAUCACCACAAGGGUAAUAUCGGAUCAAACUUCCGAAGAAUCAGCUCGAUUCUUCGAUGAUGAGCAGCGGAUUAGAGUGGCACUCUCACGAGCCAAAGAUGGCAUUAUAAUUUAA